AUCUGAAGUAACUCUCCAUUUAUGCUUCCGGCUAUCCAAGAAGAAGAAGAAGAAGAAGAAGAAGAAGAAGAAGAAGAAGAAGAAGAAGAAGAAGAAGAAGAAGAAGAAGAGAGAUAAUUAUAAUGUGGAAGCUGAAGAUAGCGGGAGACGGGGAGUGGGUGAGCAGCGGCAACGGCAACGUCGGACGGCAAGAGUGGGUGUUCAACCCAACCGCCGGCACGCCGGAAGAGAAGGCCGCCGUUGAGAAGGCUCGCCGGGAAUUCAAGAACAACCGAUUCAACGCCAAGCAGAGUGCUGAUCUACUCAUGAGAAUGCAGCUUACCAAGGAAAAUCCCAUAGAGGAGAUUCUUGAAGCCGUGAAACUGAAGGAGAGUGAGGAGAUAACAGAAGAAGCGAUUUCAACCACGUUGAGAAGAGCAAUUAAUUUUUACUCGUCGAUUCAGGCUCACGAUGGACAUUGGCCUGCUGAAUCUGCUGGUCCUUUAUUUUUCAUGCCCCCAUUGGUAAUUGCGUUGUAUGUAAUGGGAUCACUCAACUCCGUCUUAUCAUCUGAACACCAAAAGGAAAUCAAGCGUUACAUUUAUAAUCACCAGAACGAAGACGGCGGGUGGGGACUGCACAUAGAAGGCCACAGCACAAUGUUCGGUUCAGCACUUAGCUACAUUUGCUUGAGACUCCUUGGUGAAAGCCCAGAAGAUGGGGAAGACAUGGCUGUCUUCAAAGGUCGGAAAUGGAUUCUUGAUCAUGGCGGCCUUGUCAGCAUCCCUUCUUGGGGAAAGUUUUGGGUUUCUGUUUUAGGGCUUUACGAAUGGUCAGGAUGCAACCCAUUUCCCCCAGAGUUUUGGCUUGUGCCAUUGUGCUCUCCUAUUCAUCCAGGCAAGAUGUUGUGUUAUUGUCGGCUGGUUUACAUGCCAAUGUCCUAUCUUUAUGGGAAGAGGUUUGUUGGUCCGAUCACCGGGUUAAUCCGGACGUUAAGAGAAGAACUUUACAAUGAGCCAUAUCAUCAGAUCAACUGGAAUGCCGCCAGAAACACAGUUGCAAAGGAGGAUCUGUAUUACCCACACCCUCUUGUGCAAGACAUGACAUGGGGAUUCAUCCACCAUUUCAUGGAGCCGUUAUUAACACGUUGGCCAUUCUCCAAGCUGAGGAAGAAAGCACUAAAAGUAGCCAUGGAACACAUACACUACGAGGAUGAGAACAGCAAAUAUCUCUGCAUUGGAUGUGUUGAAAAGGUUCUCUGUCUAAUGGCUUGUUGGGUGGAAGAUCCCAAUUCAGAUGCAUGUAAGAAACACUUGGCUAGGCUCCAAGAUUACUACUGGAUUGCUGAAGAUGGCCUCAAAAUGCAGACAUUUGGGUGUCAAACUUGGGAUGCGGUCUUUGCAAUUCAGGCAAUCAUGUCGAGCAACUUGUGUGACGAGUACUGGCCAACUCUCAGAAAAGCGCACGAAUUUUUGAAAGCUUCACAGGUACGAGAGAACCCUAGUGGUGACUUCAAGGCAAUGUACAGGCACAUGUCAAAAGGGUCAUGGACCUUCUCAACCCAAGAUCAUGGGUGGCAAGUUUCCGAUUGCACUUCUGAAGGACUCAAGUGUGUACUUCUAUACUCUCAAAUGUCUAAAGAACUCGUGGGGCAGCCGAUGGAAGCAGAACAGUUGUUCGAUGCUGUUAAUGUCAUUCUUUCUCUCCAAAGCAAGAAUGGGGGAUUUCCAGCUUGGGAGCCACAAAGAGCAUAUGGGUGGUUAGAGGUGAUCAAUCAAAGCUCGAUCUACAACUCCAAACUAAUUUGCUACAGAUACGUGGAGUGCACAGGAUCAGCAAUUCAAGGUCUUGCCAUGUUCAGGAAACACUACCCUAGACACAGAAGCAAGGAAGUUGAUGCAGCUAUUGCCAGAGGAGCCCAUUACAUUGAACAAACACAAAAGGAUGACGGCUCGUGGUAUGGUUGUUGGGGGAUUUGCUACACCUAUGGGACUUGGUUUGGAGUGGAAGGACUGGUUGCUUGCGGUCGAAGCUACACAAACAGCCUAGCCCUACGCCAAGCAUGUCGAUUCUUGUUGUCUAAGCAACUCCCUUGUGGUGGAUGGGGGGAGAGCUACCUCUCUAGCCAAAACAAGGUAUAUACCAAUUUGAAAGGGGAUAGGGCAAACCUAGUUCAAACUGCAUGGGCAUUGCUCUCUCUUAUUCAUGCCGGUCAGGCUAAUGUGGAUCCAACACCGAUUGAGAAGGGGAUAAAGCUGUUGAUCAAUUCACAAAUGGAAGACGGUGACUUCCCCCAACAGGAACUCACAGGAGCUUUCAUGAGGAAUUGUACACUGCAUUAUUCCUCGUACAGGAACAUCUUCCCCAUUUGGGCUUUGGGAGAAUACAAAAGAUGUGUUCUGUAUGCAUAAACUAUACGGGUGGUUUAAUUUUUCCCAAGGUUUUUUCAGUAUAUUGUUUGUCUGAAAUUAAUUAUAUGUUUAGUGUGAUGUUUGUAAGUACACAGAAUAAUAAAGUGGCCUAUUUGGUGGUCAAGAAGGUCCUGGAUUUGUUUCCUAGGAGGUGUGAUGGUUUUAACUUUAAAGUGUGGUUAUGCUCAGAAGUUGGAUUAAUGUAACUUUCAUUUUUUUUAGUAAUACAAGCUAUCUCUUUCGACAAAAAAAAUAAUAAUUAUAUGUAUAUGAUCAAGA